UAGUAUUGUGGAGGCUCACAGAUAAAUAUUUGUAUGGGUUCUGCCAUUCACAUGUAAAUGCUGAAUGUAUUAAUGCCGCGUUUGUUUAUAUUUUAUGAACGUAAAUUAAUAAAGCUAAGAUAUGAAAAUUGCUGUUGAAGGCUGCGCCCAUGGCGAACUAGAGCGCAUAUAUGAAACUAUUGAAGGUAUCGAAAAGGAACAGAACAUUAAAAUCGACCUGCUCUUGUGCUGCGGAGACUUUCAAUCUACGCGAAAUGUUACGGACUUACAAACAAUGGCUGUGCCAAGGAAGUACAUGGACAUGUGCACCUUUUACAAAUAUUACAGUGGUGAACUCGUGGCGCCCAUUCUCACAAUAUUCAUUGGGGGCAAUCAUGAAGCAUCCAACUAUUUGCAAGAGCUACCCUACGGUGGCUGGGUAGCACCUAAUAUAUAUUACCUUGGAUAUGCAGGUGUUAUCACAGUAAAUGGCAUUCGUAUUGCAGGCAUCAGUGGUAUAUAUAAAGGCCACGAUUUUUUGCGCGGUCAUCACGAAUUUCCGCCAUACAAUGACAAAACAUGUCGCAGUGUCUACCAUGUGCGGCAGUUGGAGGUGUUUCGCCUGAUGCAACUGUCCGGCAAGGUAGAUAUCUUCAUGUCGCACGAUUGGCCCAGGGGAAUACAGGAAUAUGGCAACAAGGCUCAACUGCUACGGUUUAAACCACAUUUUAUGGAAGACAUCGAAAGCGGACAGCUAGGCAGUCGACCGCUCGAAGAACUUUUAAAGGCUGUGCAACCUACAUAUUGGUUUGCUGCUCAUUUACAUUGUAAAUUCGCUGCGCUUGUGCCACAUACUAGGAAUCAUAAAAAAUCAAGGAAUGCCGACGAUGCCAGCAGCAGCAGCAGUAACGAAAGUGAAGACGAAAAUGAGGACGACGAUAGCAACCAAUUGCAAGAGAAUGUAGUAGCAGCGCCAGUGCCUGUCACUAAGUUCUUGGCUCUAGACAAAUGUCUACCACGGCGACGUUUUCUACAAGUAUUGGACAUACCCUCUAAUGAGAGCAGUGAAGGCAAAUUAACGCUAAAAUAUGAUGCCGAAUGGCUUUCGAUAUUGCGAACAACGAAUCAUUUAAUUUCUGUAAAAGAUAAUAAUUAUUAUUUACCUGGCAAGAAAGCAGGUAGUAUUGAAGAGCGUUGUAAUUUCACGCCCACUGACGAGGAGCUGGAGCACAUACGCGCCAAAUUCGAAAGCCUUAAUGUGCCUGAGAACUUUUGUCGCACUGUGCUGCCAUUCGAUCCACAUGAGGAGCACAAUUACAAGCAAAAAUAUAUUGAGCAAGCAAAUCCAAUGCUGAAUCCACAGUCCAAUGAGUUUUGCUCCAUUUUGGGCAUUGAUGAUCCACUUUGCUUGGCCAUGCUGGCUAGUGGAAAAGAUUUGCCCCAAACCGCUAGCUUGCUGGACAGCUCAAUAGACGUUAAGGAGGAUCAAGCGAAAUUGGAGCAGGAUAUGCCUACAUUAGUCGAACCUCUGGCAACGCCUCCAAAACGUAAAUUAAAUAUGUCGCUACCAGCGCCAAUUGUAGCAGUCGAGAUAGACAAAAGCGUCAUUGAGCUGCCCGACGAAAUUGAAGAGCUGGCGACGGCUACCAUAGCGGAUUCAAAAGUGGAAGAGACUACACCCAUUUGUAUUAGUCCCAAUCUGAAGAAACUAAAGAGACGAAAUCAAAGCAUAUAUCAAGCUGAAGAUGACGAUUAGCGUACGAAUUUUAUC